AUGGCAGCACUGAAGGUUAUUACCCGGCCUUUGUUCAUGCCCUCGCAGGCAACUGAACCACCACGAGAAGAGCUGGUCGCCAAGUUAAAAGCCACCAUUGAAGAACAAGCGAAAGAAGUUAAAAAACUGAAGCGAGAGCUCAUACAAGCAGUGGACCUCAACAAAAGGUUAACGAAUGCUCUGCUCGAAAAGAUUGAGAUUGCUCAUGGCAAAGCUGAAAAGGAGGCCGAAGCCAGUGCCCGCGCUCUCCAUGGUAAUCAUGCAGAGAGCAUGUGUGCCGACAACUUGUCUGUGGGCCACCAGCUGCUACUAGAAGACUUUGGUGCUCAUGAAAAAACCAACCAAGCGACCAGCACACCAUCUUUGAAUGAAGGAGUGUUCGAGUCGGCAGACUUGGGUGUGACAGGCGGGAGCCAUUCGCCACCUCCAAUGAGAAUUGAGCCUGCAGGUGUGUCGACUGAGAGCGCUCAGGCUCCAAUGAUGAUGAUUGAAGCUGGGGUGGAGGCCACAAGCACGGCAGGGGUACUUGUACACUCUGCUCAAUUGGCUGUUGCUGUGCACCCAGGGUCUCCAUGCACUGGUGGAAUGCUUUCAACUGUCGAUGGACAGGUACAGAUUGGCGCGGGCAUUGUGAUGCCACUAAACAAGUGGCAUUACAUAAUGAAGUCUACCUCAGAUGCCAAGUGCACAUUAGACGUGGCACGGCACCUGUGGUCAGCAACGCAAGCUGGGGAGAGAAGCCUGACUGGGCAGGCCUGUCGGACCAUCUCUGACGCAUCCGGGAAGCUUCCAGCAACACCAGCGAAAGUGGCUGCUGUGAAGAACUGCCUGGAGAAGUACAUCAGCGAGCAUCCCAUGGGGCCACCAGCACCACCUCCAGAGCACCGCCUUGCUUCUGUAAGGAAGCACCUCCGGAGCUUCUUUACAGAAGCAGGUCGCCAGGGCAAGCGCGUACGCAAGACUGGAAUAGCCCAAACUUAA